AUGCUCAAGGCGCCCGAGGUCACGCUCGCCAAGGAUCAGCCGCAGCCCGUCGAGUCGGAGCAGGCGCCAGGGCACGAGGACGAGCGCGCGCACGAGCUUCACGUCGACGACGGCGCUGCCGCCGUCACGCAGACGUCGCACGAGGACUCGCGGGCACCUCAGCCCGAGGGCGAGCAGGCGACGCUCGACGACGAAGAGGCGCCUGAGCCCGCGCACGGCGCGGACGACUCGGUCAGUGUCGGCGAGCCGGUCGACGAGCCGGUAGACGAGCCUGCUCCAGUCGAGACGCCGUCGGCUCGGGCGCCCUCACCCUCGCGCUCGGCCAAGGACGACGUCUCGCGGCCAGCGUCCCCUGUGGCCUCGGCCGAGGCCCCUCAUCCUGCACCGGCGCCUGCCUCGCCCUGCCCUUCGCCUCCACCCACGCGCGCCGAGUCGCCUCCCCUCGUCCCGACCCCGUCCUCGCCCGCC